AUGGCCACCGUCCAAGAUACAAAACAGCAAGGCCACCAGAGAACCAGGUCCUCCGUCCUCAGAAGCUUCGUCCACCGCCGCCAACCCUCUAAAGGAGAGGCCAUAGUCCCGGAGCCACUGCAGGCCAGGAUUGAGCAGAGCCCCGAGAGCAAGGACAUCAUGGGUGUCGGCGUGUUCACCAAGAACAACCCGGGCGCCCUGGGGGAGCUCCAGAAGAACCAGCAGGAGGCAGCCCCCCGCCUCUACCGACAGACCCGAGACGAACUACGAAGCGACCAUGCACGAGGGCGAUCACACUCCCCGACCAAGGGCGUUCUGGGAAGCAACCCCUUCUCCAGAGGCGCCAAGUCUCGCGAGACGUCACCAUCGAAGCCAAAGAGCAAGACGGGUACCAACUUUGUUGGACUGCUUUCUAGGCCCAAGUCCCUCAAGAGCCUAUACAAGCUCUCCUCUGAGCAGGGAAGCACCCAGCUUAUGAAAGAUAAGGAGAACCAGACGCCCGAUGAGGAUCCUUUGGAGCUGGCUCCGCCUACUCCAAUCUUCGCUCAGUUCACAAGCGAUGCCUCUGUCCGCAACCAGUUUCAGGAACGGCAGAGCAUGGAGAUGAACAACAACAGCAGAUACUCUGUUGUCCCAGAACCACAACAGAAUAACAGACCGGCUGUGAAGGAACGCCCCAAGUCCUUCCAGGUCGCACCCAGAAACUACCAACCUCCUUCUGUAUCGUCGUCGACGGGAUCUACAUACUCCAAUGGGUCUAGGAAGGGGUCGGGCUCAAACCCGGGCAGCAGCAUCAAAUCACAGAGAAACAGGGCUCUCAGGGCCCUCACCGGGAUGGGCCACAGCCGAUCCAAGUCAACCGUGGCCAGCCCGGUCACUGCGGAACCCGGUCCGGAGCUCAUGAUUGACCCCAGGGAUAUCAACAAGCAUCUCGAAGCCAUGCUGGACAGGCGGAACAUCCCCGAGAACCAGAGGUACAAGAUGCGAAACCUGAACGACACCAUCAAGAUGGAGUUCAUCCGGCAGGAUUGGGCGGAGAUGCAGGCCGCAAAGCCUGAUCGGCCUGGCACGACCGACAGCAGCAACAGUGCGGAGGGCGCCAGCGCCGUCGCAGCCGGUUCAGACUGCGAGGCUGAGAAACAGAAGCGGACAAGAGGUAGGAGCUUCACCUUUUCCCGCGGCAAGAAGGAGGCCAACAACACUUCGUCGAAGAAGAACAAGGGAGAGGGAACUCUCGGACGUCACUUCCGAAGCAAGUCAACGGACAGCGUCGUCAGCGAAAAGGACAGACCUACCUCGGUAUCAUCAUCAACCUCCACCAUUUUGUCCAAGAUAAAGUUCCAGAAUGGGCCGGCCGACUAUGUUUCAUACCUGAGGAAGGUGCAGCAGCCCGAGCAGGUCGAGGUUGGAAAGAUUCACAAGCUUCGAUUGCUGCUGCGCAAUGAGACUGUCGCCUGGAUCGAGGAGUUCCUCGAGCAGGGAGGCAUGAAGGAAAUUGUUGAUCUUCUCAACCGGAUCAUGGACGUCGAGUGGAGGGAGGAUCACGAAGACGCUCUUCUGCAUGAGAACCUGCUGUGUAUCAAGGCCUUGUCUACAACUGCCAAGGCAAUGCAGUAUCUCGAUUCGAUCCACAAGGAACUAUUUCCAAAACUUCUCCACUUGCUAUUCGACCCCGAGAAGAAGGGCCCGAGCGAGUUCACAACUCGAAACAUCAUUACUUCGAUCCUCUUCACGUAUAUCGACUCAGCUAGUCCCACAGAGCGUCUCAUCAGAGCCAAGAGCGUGCUGGGUCUCCUGCGGGACCCACAGCCCAAGGAUGAAGAACGCCCGCUGGCGUUUGUCCUUGAGAUGAGACAAGAUAGGCCAUAUCGGGUGUGGAAUAAGGAGGUCGUUAGCGUGACCAAGGAGGUGUUCUGGAUCUUUCUGCACAACCUGAACGUCGUCGCCCUCCCCUCGACGGGCAAGAAGGGAUCUUCGCUGUACGAUUCAGACUCGUGCGUAUCUGCCCCCAGCAACGAUCACUACUCCUACAUGAUGCGUCACUUCCCCCAGGAGCGCCCACCGGUACCCGCAGCCCCCUAUGUUGGCGGUGUAGAAUGGGACGCUACCAACUACCUCGCCUCCCACCUUGAUCUGCUGAACGCCAUUCUUGCAUGUACGCCCACGGCUGGGGCCCGCAACGCCCUCAGGGGUGAGAUGCGAAUUUCGGGCUGGGACCGAUGCAUGGGUGGUAGCCUACGGCUAUGCAAGGAAAAGUUCUAUGGCAGCGUCCACGACGGGCUGAGGACCUGGGUCGCUGCAGCCGCGGAGGACGGCUGGGAUGUCAAGGAUGUGAGGUACGGCCCGCCGCCGGAGGUCAAGAGCCCGCCCAAGAAGGUUGUUGGUGGCCAGAAGCCGAAGGUGGAGUUGGCACCGAAGAUCGAGAUGCCAAAGUUGGACUUUGGCCUUCCACCUGCGGCAACAGCGGCUGCAGCAAAGGCUGGCACUGAUGAUGAUGGGUGGAUCUAG